AUGGCCGUCUGUCUGCUUCUUGAAGGUGUCCUCCAAUCGCAGUACCUUGGCACCGACCACAAAGCCGGACUCGCCGGCUGUGUGGCUGUCAUCUACGUGUACAUCGUCGUGUUCCAGUGCGUGGACGGCCCGGCCUUUAUCUGGAUGUCUGAGAUAUUCCCCACGAACAUCCGAGGCCGGGGCAUUGGACUGGGUUUCUUCUCCUACUUUGUCGGUGCCAUCACCUACACCACUCCGUCGGCGCUGGCAUUCAAGAACAUUAAAUACAACAUGUACUUUCUGUACAUGGGACUUUGCGUCAUUUCUACAGUUAUCGUGUACUUCUACAUCCCCGAGACGAAGCGCAUCCCCGUCGAGGAAAUCGGCGCCCUCUUCGGUGAUGAGGUGGUCGUGCACUUGACCGAGGAUGGCCACGGCAUUAUCGAGGAGCAGAUUGAAAUCAAGCUCGCGGGUGGGGAUGUCCAUGUAGCGGAAGUGCAUCACGCUGAAAAAGCCUGA